AUGCGUAACGGAUACUUCAUUCACGCUCAGCGGAACGAACAUAUCCGAAUGCACCAGCUACGUUUAACUGGGUCGGGAAGUGAACAUGAUGAACGACCUAAGCCCCUGAGCUGGGCAGGAGGAGACGAAUGGCAUGGGGAAAGCAUCGAGGAUGUUGUGAAGAAAACCGGCUCCGUGCUCACCCCUUCAACACCACCGUACUUCCUGCUUUAA